AUGUUCACCCUGAUCAACCAGCAAUGCCACCACUCCGAGACCCCGCUGGCCUGCCUCCGCUGCAUCGAAUCCGACCCGGAAUCCGAAUCAGCCAGCCGACCCGUCGACGUGGCGGCCAUCCUCCUCAAGUGUCUCGCAACCCACUCGUCCAACCUCGCCGUCAACAUGACCGGGCUGGCCCGACUGGCCAACAACACGGAGGCCCAGCCCAUCUUCGAGGCCUGCAGCCGGCAGUUCGACGAGAUGGGCCAGAGGCUUUCGGCUGCCGGAGCCUGUUUGAAGCGGGGAGAUUACGACGGGGCCAAUCACGGCGUUGCGAGAGCCGUCGGCAGCCAGGCCACGUGCCUCGGGCUGGCGCGUGGGCGUGUAGGUGAUAUGCCGACGCAGAUGUAUGAUAUGCGGAUGAACGACGCGCUCUCUGAGGCGUUCCUCCGAAUAGUCGACCGGCUCUAG